UGUAACUCACUGAAAUCCACUGGAACCGGGGAGCUGAGAACACACCAGCAUUUGUUCACUGGAGAUCAGUUCUUCAACUACAUUGAUUGUGCAAGGGGUUUACUACAUCUGAUAUUUGAUUUAUGAAUUGACAAAGAACUGUGGGAAGGGAUUCACUCUUCACUCACUCAUCUCACCUGCAUGCACAACAGCGAGUUCACACUGAUAAGAUGUCGUUCACCUGCGCUGAUUGUGGGAAGGGAUUCCCUCGGUCAUCCAGCCUACUGACACACCAGCGAGUUCACACUGGUGAGAAGCCGUUCACCUGCUCAGACUGUGGGAAGGGAUUCACUCAGUCAUCGCAACUGCGGAGACACCAGUCACUUCACACUGGGGAGAAGCCAUUCGCCUGCUCAGACUGUGGGAAGGGAUUCACUUGGUCAUCUGAACUGAAGAUACAUCAGCGAACUCACACUGGGGAGAGGCCAUUCACCUGUUCAGACUGUGGGAAAGGGUUUAUUCGGUCAUCUCAACUGAAGGUACAUCAGCGAGUUCACACUGGGGAGAGGCCGUUCACCUGCUCAGUCUGUGGGAAAGGAUACACUCAUUCAUCUGUACUGAAGGUGCAUCAGAGAAUUCACACUGGGGAGAGGCCGUUCACCUGCUCAGACUGUGGGAAGAAAUUCACUGACUCAUCCAGGCUACAGGCCCACCAGCGAGUUCAUACUGGAGAGAGGCCGUUCACCUGUUCAGACUGUGGGAAGGCAUUUACUCGGUCAUCUCAAGUGAUGGUACAUCAGCGGAUUCACACUGGGGAGAGGCCAUUUUCCUGCUCUGAAUGUGGGAAGAGAUUUAUUCAUUUAUCUGACCUGCAGGUGCACCAGCAAGUCCACACUGGAGAGAGGCCGUUCACCUGCUCAGAUUGUGGGAAGGCAUUUACUCGGUCAGUUGAACUGAAGACACAUCAGCGAAUUCACACUGGGGAGAGGCUGUUCAUCUGCUCAGACUGUGGGAAAGGGUUUAUUCGGUCAUAUCAACUGAAGGUGCAUCAACGAGUUCACACUGGGGAGAGACCGUUCACCUGCUCAGACUGUGGAAGGGGAUUUAUUCAGUCAUCUCAACUGAUGAUACAUCAGCGUAUUCACACUGGGGAGAGACCGUACGCCUGUUCUGAUUGUGGAAAGAGAUUCAGUCAGUCAUCUGACUUACAGACACACCGACGAGUCCACACUGGAGAAAGGCCAUUUUCCUGCUCCCAAUGUGGGAAGAGAUUCUCUCAGUCAUCCCACCUUGUGACGCACUACCGAGUUCACACUGGGGAAACUGUUUAAACAGGCGACAGGCUACAGGCUGGAUAUUUCACCAUCACAGUUGCUGAAUCAAGUUCAAAAGUGACUGUUGGUGCCGAACUCGGCAAUAACUGCUGCUAUUUAACAAACCCAGUUCUGCACUCUGGUCACUGGGCGUGGGAGGUAUUCCUCGGCUAAUGUUCCCGUUUAAUGGGACUGGAGUUUAAUGGUUUGGAUCUGUGACGCAGAAAUCAGUUCUAAUUUAAAUCCUGUCCACACCUACAGAAUCUCCUUUCUCUCCCCAGAAUAUCAUCUCUUAUAACUGCCACAAGGCCAAAAUGUACA